UUCGCUCUCAGUUUACGUUUGGAGCUUGAACAGGAAAAAAGUUUUUAACUGCAGUUAAAAUGUCGAGUCGCGAUCAACAAUCUGAAUCGUUUUUAAAUAGUGACGCAAUUGAUGAUAAUUUCUUCAUUGAUAUUGUGGAGAGAAAAUUAAAAAUUUCGAGAGAUGAGUUUAAAUUGCGAUUAGUUUUGUUAUCACCAGCAACUGGGAAGAAUGAGAAUUAUGUUUCAGUUCUCUAUCGCGCAAAGAUUAAUAUUGAGAUGAAUAAGACGAAAGAGAAAAAAAGUCGUCGAUGUGAUUGUCAAAGCUUUGUUGACAACAAUCAAAGAGAUGAAAGAGUUCAGCGUCUUCCCUCGAGAACGUUUCGUUUAUGAGAAUGUUUUGAGAAGUUUCGAAGACAUUUGGCUUGAAAGGGCUGGCGAAGAAAUUCAGUUUGGACCACGUGAUGUCAAAUACGAAACUGAUCCUUAUGAGAUCAUCGUGUUGGACGACUUGAAAGCUGCUGGUUAUGAAAUGUUGAACAGAAAAGUUGGCCUCAACAUGGAACAGACGAAAAUGUUGCUGACGAAGCUCGCCAAAUUUCAUGCUGCAAGUGCAAUUCGUUAUCAGAAGGAUGGAAUAAUUCAACAUCAUUUUGAUCGUUCGACAAUGCCCUUAUUUCCAACCGAUGGUCCCAUGGCCGAGGGCUUUGAGAAAAUGAGUAAAACCUUCGAAGAUUCUAUUAGAAAUUAUGGCGGUCACGACGACAUCGCUGAUAAAAUAUCUCGUUGGAAUAUGAAGAAACUUCUAACUGCAUUUGUAGACAUAGCAAAGCCGAUGCGUUGUGGAUUUCAAAUAUUGAAUCAUGGCGACACUUGGCUGAACAACAUGAUGUUCAAAUUUGACAAGCAAACAAAUUCUGCCGUCGACGUUCGGUUGAUUGACUACCAAAUGUCAUUCUGGGGAAGUCCAACAGCUGAUUUACUUUACUUCCUACUUUCAUCAGUUGAAGAUGACAUCAAAGUUGAUCAUUUCGAUGAAUUUAUUGAUUUUUAUCAUGAACAGUUGACAGCUUCUUUGAAGGCUCUUAAAUACGAUCAACAUAUUCCAACAUUAACAGAACUUCACAUUGAUCUUCUCGAGAAAGGAUUUUUUGCUUGUUCGUGCAUUACUGGAAUUUUGUUUGUUGUGAAAUUCGACUCAGAUGAAGAAAUCAACAUGGAAAUGUUCUUUUCUGGCGAUGAUGGUGCUGCUGAGAAACUAGCAAGAAUUUACAAUAAUGACAACUUCAAAAAGGCAUUGAAAUCAACUGGGAAGAAUGAGAAUUAUGUUUCAGUUCUCUAUCGCGCAAAAAUCAAGAUUGAGAUGAAUGAGACGAAAGAGAAAAAAGUCGUCGAUGUGAUCAUUAAAGCUUUGUUGACAACAAUCAAGGAGAUGAAAGAGUUCAGCGUCUUCCCUCGAGAACGUUUCGUUUAUGAGAAUGUUUUGAGAAGUUUCGAAGACAUUUGGCUUGAAAGGGUUGGCGAAGAAAUUCAGUUUGGACCUCGAGAUGUCAAAUACGAAACUGAUCCUUAUGAGAUCAUCGUGUUGGAUGACUUGAAAGCUGCUGGUUAUGAAAUGUUGAACAGAAAAGUUGGCCUCAACAUGGAACAGACGAAAAUGUUGCUGACGAAGCUCGCCAAAUUUCAUGCUGCAAGUGCAAUUCGUUAUCAGAAGGAUGGAACAAUUCAAGAUUACUUUGAUCGAUCAAAAAUGCCUCCAAUUCCUGAAGACAGCCCAUUCAUAAAUAGUUUGUAUAGAUUGUAUGAUAUAUUUGAGCAUUCUGUUAGAAAUUAUGGCGGUUUCGAAGAUGUUGCCGAUAAAAUAUCUCGAUGGAAUCGAAAAAAGUUGUUGACUACUUUUAUUGAUGUAGCAUCACCGAUGCGUUGUGGAUUUAAAGUUAUGAAUCACGGAGACAUUUGGUUGAACAACAUGAUGUUCAAAAUUGACAAGGAAACAAAUUCUGCUACUGAUGUUCUCAUGAUUGACUACCAAAUGCCAUUCUGGGGAAGUCCAUCAGCUGACUUAAUAUAUUUCUUACUUUCAUCAGUUGAAGAUGACAUCAAAGUCGAUCAUUUUGAUGAAUUUGUUGAUUUUUAUCAUGAACAGUUGACAGCUUCUUUGAAGGCUCUUAAAUACGAUCAACAUAUUCCAACAUUAACAGAACUUCACAUUGAUCUUCUCGAGAAAGGAUUUUUUGCAAUGGCAACAAGUGAAGAACAAUCGGAAGCUUUCCUCGACAGUGACACAAUUUGUGAUGAUUUCUUCAUUGAAAUUGUUGAAAAUAAAUUGAAAAUUUCUCGCGAUGAGUUUCGAUUACAAUUAGUAAUAUUAUCAUCGGCCUCAGGUCAAAAUGAAAAUUAUGUCUCAGUUUUGUAUCGCGCAAAGAUCAAGAUUGAAAUGAUUAAGACGAAAGAGAAAAAAGUCGUCGACGUGAUCAUUAAAGCUUUGUUGACAACAAUCAAAGAGAUGAAAGAGUUCAGCGUCUUCCCUCGAGAACGAUUCGUUUAUGAGAAUGUUUUGAAAAGUUUCGAAGACAUUUGGCUUGAAAGGGCUGACGAAGAAAUUCAAUUUGGACCACGUGAUGUCAAAUACGAAACUGAUCCUUAUGAGAUCAUCGUGUUGGAUGACUUGAAGGCUGCUGGUUAUGAAAUGUUGAACAGAAAAGUUGGCCUCAACAUGGAAGAGGCAAAAAUUGUUUUAAUGAAGCUCGCCAAAUUUCAUGCUGCAGGCGCUGUUUGUUAUCAAGAGGGAGGUGCCAUGAGAUCAUAUUUUGAUGACAGCUCAGCAGAUAAAUCGUUUUAUAUGAUGACCGACGAUAAUCCAUUUUUGCAGGGAGCAGCGCAAAUGCUUGAAGCUUUCGUCGAUUCCCUAACAGCGUUCAACUAUAGUAAAGAAAUUAUUCAGAAGUUCAGUCGACCUAAAAAGAACUUAUUUACUUCUUGUGGUGACAUAACUGCACCAAUGCAAAACGGAUUUCGUGUUCUUAACCAUGCAGACUUGUGGAUAAAUAACGCAAUGUUCAAAUUUAAUGAAGAACGCGAAGUUCUUGAUGUCAGUUUUAUUGAUUACCAAACUCCUUCCUUAGGUAGUCCAAGUUUCGAUCUUCUUUACUUUUUACUGAACUCAGUAGCAGACGACAUUAAAACUGAUUAUUUCGAUGACUUUGUUUGCUACUAUCACGAAAAUUUAACAACUGCAUUGAGGAAGUUGAAGUAUCAACAAUCAAUUCCAACUUUAACUGAUUUGCAUAUUGACAUGCUUGAAAAUAAGCGUUUUGCUUGCUAUUGUCUCGUAUCAGUUCUGCCUAUCAUAAAACUCGAAAAAAAUGAAGAAAUUGGAAUAGAAGUGUUCAUGGGAUCCGCUGAAAAACUUUUUCUCAAUUGUGAUGUGAUGGACAAUGAUUUCUUCAUUGACAUUGCUGCAAAAAAAUUGAAUCUAUCAAAGGAUCAGAUCAAGUUGAGGCUUGUGUUGUUAUCACCAGCAACUGGGAAAAAUGAAAAUUUUAUUUCAGUUCUUUAUCGUGCAAAUAUAAAAAUCGAAAUUAUUGAGACGAAAGAGAAAAGAUCUGUUCAGGUUAUAGUAAAAGUUCUGUUAGUGACAAUGAAGGAAAUGAAAGAGUUCAGCGUCUUUCCUCGAGAACGAUUCGUUUAUGAGAAUGUUUUGAGAAGUUUCGAAGACAUUUGGCUUGAAAGGACUGGCGAAGAAAUUCAGUUUGGACCUCGAGAUGUCAAAUACGAAACUGAUCCUUACGAGAUCAUCGUGUUGGAUGACUUGAAGGCUGCUGGUUAUGAAAUGUUGAACAGAAAAGUUGGCCUCAACAUGGAACAGACGAAAAUGUUGCUGACGAAGCUCGCCAAAUUUCAUGCUGCAAGCGCAAUUCGUUAUCAGAAGGAUGGAAUGAUUAAGGAAUAUUUUGACAGAAAAGUUGCAAUGAAGCCAAUGAUGGCUGAAGGAAGUCCAAUUCAAAACAGUUUUAAGAACAUUUAUUACGAAUUUCGAGAUGGCGUAAAAUCAUUUGAUGGUUGUGAAGUUUAUGCAAACAAAAUAUCGAAUUGGGACAGUGAGAAGCUCUUUCUGGCUUUCUCUGACAUUGCUGAACCGAUGCAAUGUGGAUUUCAAAUAUUGAAUCAUGGCGACACUUGGCUGAACAACAUGAUGUUCAAGUUGGAUAAUGAGACAAAUUCUGCCGUUGACGUUCGGUUGAUUGACUACCAAAUAUCGUUUUGGGGAAGUCCAUCAGCUGACUUAAUUUACUUUCUACUUACUUCUGUUGAAGAUGACAUCAAAGUCGAUCAUUUCGAUGAAUUUGUUGAUUUUUAUCAUGAACAGUUGACAGCUUCUUUGAAGGCUCUCAAAUAUGAUGAACACAUUCCGACAUUAAAAGAACUGAAAGACGAUUUGCUGGAAAAGAAAAUCUUUGAUGAAUUAAAAUUACGAUUGGUUAUGUUGUCACCAGCAACUGGAAAGAAUGAGAAUUUUGUUUCUGUUCUUCUUCGUGCUAAAAUCAAAGUUGAAGUGUUGGAAAGUAAAGAAAAAAAAUCUGUUGAUGUGAUCAUCAAAGCUUUGUUGACAACGAUGAAGGAAAUGAAGGAAUUUAGCGUCUUCCCUCGAGAACGAUUCAUCUAUGAGAAUGUUUUGAAAAGUUUCGAAGAUAUUUGGCUUGAAAGGGCUGGCGAAGAAAUUCAGUUUGGACCUCGAGAUGUCAAAUACGAAACUGAUCCUUAUGAGAUCAUCGUGUUGGAUGACUUGAAAGCUGCUGGUUAUGAAAUGUUGAACAGAAAAGUUGGCCUCAACAUGGAACAGACGAAAAUGUUGCUGACGAAGCUCGCCAAAUUUCAUGCUGCAAGUGCAAUUCGUUAUCAGAAGGAUGGAAUUAUACAAAAUUAUUUUGAUCGCAAACUGUCAAUGCCACCAUUUCCAGAAGAUAGUCCACUUGUUGUUGGCUUUAGGAAGCUUUAUUACGCAUUUCGUGACGCUGUUAUGUCUUACGGAGAUUGCGAUAUUUAUGCUGAAAAAAUUGCACAGUGGGACUUGACAAAGCUUUUCUCAAAUUUUAUUGAUAUCGCUGAGCCGAUGGAAUCGUCUGAUUUUAAAGUGUUAAAUCACGGCGAUAUCUGGUUGAACAACAUGAUGUUCAAAUUGAAUAAAGAAACUAAUUCUGCUACUGAUGUUCUCAUGAUUGAUUAUCAAGGCCCGUUUUGGGGAAGCCCUGCAGGUGAUUUGCUUUACUUCUUGAUUUCGUCAGUUGAAGAUGACAUCAAAAUUGCACAUUUUGACAACCUUAUAAAAUUCUACCAUGACGAGUUGACAUCGUCUUUGAAUAAGCUUCGAUUUAAUAAAUCAAUCCCAACAUUGAAGGAAUUAAAUGACGACAUGGAGGCAAAAGGAUUUUUUGCUUGUGCUUGCAUUAUGUUCAUUUUGUUUGUCGUGAAAUAUGAUUCAAAUGAAGAAAUAAGCAUUGAAAGUAUCAUGACAGGUGGAAGUGACGAAGGAAUGUUCGAACGAAUCUACAGAAAUGACAACUAUAAAAAAUCUCUCAAGCUUUGGCUUUCAUUUUUAAAUGAUCGCGGAUACUUGGAUAGCUUAAUAAUUAAAUCCACAUUGAAUGAAAAAUAAUGCACGUGUAAUUAUCAUUCAACUAUGUAGAUUAGAAGCUAUUUUAGGAAUUUCAGCAAAAUCCAUCCGAUAUAUUAUAAUAAACAUUAAUGAUGUACAAACAAAAUACUUCCAAUAAUUAAAAUGAAACAAACAUUAUUGUAUGUAAUGAAAUCACAGUGUAAAUAAUAUUUCAAAACCAUAACAUGUACACGCGGAACUCGCAUUUAUUUACAUUUAAAUGACAAGAGAAUUUUUGUACUUUGCUUUUACAGAUAUCAAAUCAUAAUUUAGUAUAAUUAAGAUGUCAUUUCAAUUUGGAAUUCAAGGCUUAAUAAAAUCUAACUUAAAUCACAUGCGAUGCUUUUUGCACUGUCAGAAUGAUUGUAUCGACUGAAGCAUUAGUUCCACACUGACAAAACAAAAUUAUUCAACUUCUCUGUCAAUUGUCUAUGAUAAAAAUUUAGUUGUUUGAGUUAAAACCGCGAAAACGAUACAUUUGCGGACAUGAAGGGAGCGAGUUGGUGUAACAGAUUUAUCUGUGUGCUUUUAAAGUAAUUCAAUCAGUUGUCAAAGUAUUCCUUUACACUUCGCUACACAUGCUUUUGUGA